AUGACUAUUGCACCUCCGGUGCCUCACCCUGUCCAUGACAGUGUGAAUGGCCCCCCCGGGCAUCUUCCCAAUCUGACUCGUUAUCAUCCCAUUGCCAUGAAUCCCAAUCCGCCUCCGCACCAGAUGCCUCCGCCAGAUCAGAUGCUGCCCAACCCUCAUUUCCGUCCUUUUGUUCCUCUGCAUGAAACUCACCCGGCCCCCCCACCGGCUCAUAGCCCAUCAUCGAUUGACCACAUCGAAGCUCGUCUCCGGCAGCUCGAGCAUGAAGAAAUGACUCGCAUGGCUGCCCGCACUCACCUUCUUGCCGUCCGCAAGCGCGAAGACGAGGAUUUUCGGCGGAUGACCGAGAGUGCCGAGGCCGAGGAAGAGGAUCUGAGGAGACAACGCAAGAGGCUCAAGAGAGAAUCGAUGGGCUUGGGACUUAAUGCUGCUGCCGACUCGCCGCCAUUACGGCCCACACCACCGCGGAGACUGUCCGAGACCAACGCCGCAACUACCCUGGCUUUCUUCAAACAGCAGAGUCCGCCCGAACCCCGCCAAGUUCCUCUUCCUCCUGCAUCGCAGGGGCCGCCGCCUGCGAUGCCGCCGCCUCAUCUUCAUCCGCAACCGCAUCAUGCGCCUCACCCACCUCACCCGCCUCAUACACCUCAUACACCUCAUACGCCUCAUACGCCUCUGCCCCCGGCGCAGCACCCUAUUCUACCGCAUGAUACGAUCAACGGCACCAUCCGGCGCAAGCAAAAGUACACGAUCAAGAAUGUCGAAGCCUGGGGCGAACGUCACGGCCGGCCAGCGGCGCAUGAUCCCUCAGGGCGGGCUCUAUGGAAGCGGCCAUCGGACGGGAGUCUGGUGUAUCUGACGUGCCCGAUGCAGGGCUGCGGCAAGGCAGACUUUGUCACACUGCACGGGUUCAUGUGCCAUCUGACCAAGAAACACAAGGACCGAACACUGGGCAGCCAGUCGCGCGCACUUGAAGUCUGCGGCGUAGUCUUCGACCCGAAUGCGCCGCUGCCGCCAGUGACAAGAUCCAACCGCGCGUCGACGGAGGGCAGCCCGCUCGAGUCGGCGCCACUGGAUGCAGACGCGGACGCGCAAGAAGGCGAGCUAGACUCCGAGUCCGAGGACGGCGAUCGACUGCGCGAGGAUUCGUUGCGCGUCAAGACCGAGGCUACAGAUCGACCGAUGCCCGACGCCGUCGACUCGUCUGUCACGCCUGCCCCUCCUGCUACCCUGACUCCCCCAAACCUGUUGUGA